GAAUCAAAUCUGACACUGUGCUUAUCCAAAUUCUCUCUCCCUCUCUUAUUUUCUACAUCUUUUUUCUUUUCUCUUCAUUUUUCAUACAAUUUGAACUCUCUUCUGUAACAAUGGCUACUCUCUUAACUUCGUUGAAGCUUUCUUUAACUGUCUCACCCUCAACAGCACCUUCUUUUUCUUCGAAACCACAACUCGCCACAGUAUUGUCUCAGAAAUCUUUCUUCUUGAGCCCAUUUACUCAAAACAAUCUCAAACUCAUACCCAGAAAUACACUUGCUAACUCCAAAUCUCUCCCUGUUCGAAUGUCGUGGGAUGGUCCUCUCACUUCCGUCAAAUUAAUCAUUCAAGGCAAAAAUCUUGAGUUAACAGAUACAGUUAAAAAGCAUGUUGAAGAGAAGGUUGGGAAGGCAGUUCAGAAGCAUAGUCAUCUUGUGAGGGAAGUUGAUGUAAGGUUAUCUGUUAGAGGUGGAGAGCUUGGAAGAGGUCCAAGGAUUCGUCGAUGUGAGGUAACUUUGUUUACAAAGAAGCAUGGAGUGGUUCGUGCGGAAGAAGAUGCUGAGACAGUAUAUGCAAGUAUAGAUUUGGUGUCUUCAGUCAUUCAAAGGAAGUUGAGGAAGAUUAAGGAGAAGGAAUCAGACCAUGGUCGGCAUAUGAAGGGCUUCAACAGACUCAAAGUUAGGGAGCCAAUGGCUCAAGUAGUAGAGGAUAAUGUGGAUUCACAAUCCCAAGAAGAAGAGGAUAAUGACUUGGUUGAUGAGAUUGUUCGCACAAAGUACUUUGAAAUGCCUCCUUUGACUGUCUCCGAAGCCAUCGAGCAGCUGGAAAAUGUUGAUCAUGACUUCUAUGGUUUCCGAAAUGAAGAAACUGGUGAGAUAAAUAUUGUGUAUAGACGAAAAGAGGGAGGUUACGGUCUUAUUAUACCUAAAGGAGGAAAUGGUAAAGCCGAGAAAUUAGAGCCCCUGGUGGUUGAACCAGCAAGAGAACCCUCAUUGGCAGAAUAAAUUAGCUAGAAAGGAGAUAUUUCUGUCAGAUAUAUCAGUACAGAUGUUUUUAAACCUUGUGUAAGUUUCUACUGGCAUUGGUGUACAUGAAGGCCAAGGCAAGCUAAGCGCAUAACAAUACAGUUUUUGAAAUGAAGCAUAUACGAAAUUUUGACAUAUAUGAACAUGUUUGGGGUGAUUAAUUUUUGUAAAAUGAGAAGAGAAGCUUAUGUGCAGGGUUAUCGAACACUCUCUUCACCAUGCGAUCUAGGUAUAAAGAAGAAAGAUGAGGAAAAAUUUAAUGUAAUCACCAUGCAACCUUUACAAUUAUCAACUCUUUUAUUAAGAGGAAUGGAUUGGCAAGUGUAUGCAUUUAGGUAACCAACAAAGAGAGUACAGUUAUGUGUA